UUAUAAAAGCCUGCUUCCCCUAAACGGGUGGUACUUUCCAGAAAAGUUCCAGAGCUCCAGCUCCAGGGCAUCCAGCGACAAGCACACGCUCUCCUGCACCUUCCUGCAGCCAUGGCCGAGAGGCGCAUCCCCUUAACCUUCCUCCGCACGCCAUCCUGGGACCCAUUCCAUGACUGGUACCAGGGCAGCAGGCUCUCCGACCAGGCCUUUAGCGUUCCCGCCCUCCCUGAAGAGCUGCCCAGCUUCCCCAGCAGCCACUGGCCCGGCUACAUGCGCCCGUCGGCCGCCGCCGCCGCCAUCGAGAUGGCCUCCAUGAUGAACUUCCCGCUGGCUGCCCAGAUGCCCGUAGUGCCCCCGCAGGCCGCCUAUGCUCAUGCCCUGAUGCGCCAGCUCAGCUCGGGCAUGUCGGAGAUCAAGCAGACCCAGGAGGGCUGGAAGGUCAGCCUGGAUGUCAACCGCUUUGCUCCUGAGGAGCUCACAGUGAAGACCAAGGAUGGUGUGGUGGAGAUCACUGGCCAACACGAGGAAAGGAAGGAUGAACACGGCUACAUCUCCAGGUCCUUCACCAGGAAGUACACACUGCCGCCCGGUGCCGACGUGGAGAAGAUCUCCUCCUCGCUGUCUCCCGAAGGCGUCCUGACUGUGGAGGCGCCGCUGCCAAAGCCCGCCAUCCAGUCCUCGGAGAUCACCAUCCCCGUGAACACCAGCGGCGUGCCCGCCAAGAAGCCAAGCGAGACGAAGUGACAGACAGGGGCCGACUGGGGCCGCGCCGUUACAUCGACCAGGCGUGCACAGGCGCACACGGGCAUGGCUGUACGUGAUGCGGGCAAUCAGGAGGCACACACUCUGGCGCUCGGGCAUAUCUGCUUAGGCACUUGACAGUAGCAAACACUCUGAUAACUCUGUAGAUGUUGCAUGCACUAAUCUCUGCAGGUCAUGUGAUUUCUCUGGGAGCAUAUGCAGAGGUUUACAAGGAGCAGAGUGGAUGAAUUACUUUUAUUUAGCUCUUCGGUCACUCUCUCUCUUUAUAUGUCAACCUAUAUGUCUCCUCUCCCUGUAGUGAAUUCGAAUCCGGCUAUGUACACUCUUCCGCCUCACCGCCAUGUGUUGCUUCUGUUGUAAUCACAUAUUUCAUCAGAAUAAUUCACGCUCGCACACACGGGUACCCUAGGCACACUCGGAAGCCUGCCAACACAGGAAACCGUCCUGAGACCGUUCUUAUGCCUCUGCUCCCUCCUAAAGGGGUUGUUUCCCCUUGGCUCAGGAGAGACGUACAUCCACGCAAACUGCCCUUUAUGUUCUUCUGACGUCAAUCCAAACUGGCUCGUUUCAUUUGCAUGUUCAGGAGUGCACCGGACAGGCUGCUGUGCUUCGGAGCGCUAUAUCUGCACGAGAGGAAGGAGCCAUUUUGGAUUCCACCACAGAGAAUGAAAUCUCUCACUGCGUAGAGAAUCUUGUAGAGCCUGUUUCUUUGGCUGUGUACUCUGAUGUUUGCUGUGUAAUGUGUUUAGACAGUAUUUGCUCUUUAGGAGACUUUUUAAAAAAGAAUAACCUGACUUUUGGCCAUGCUGUUACCGCAGCUUUGAAAUCUCUAAGAAAUGUUCAAUAAACUUUUUAACUUCAA